AAAAAAUAGAACAAAUCCUGAUUUGGAUGAAGAGGACACAAACAGUGUGAUACACACCUGUGUGGCUUUAGACAACACGGAGAGCAGAGUGACAGAUUUUCACUCUCACACUGACACUGAUAAUUUGAUUUUCCUCUCAGCUGUCAGUCAUCCCGUCCCGCAGACCCCGCCCUCUACGGAAAUACAGGAGGUUGUCCGACACGUGAUGAAGUCAGUAUGGCGGAGCUGCUGGCUGAAUGAUUUUUUACAGUACCGACGGGUCCUGAUACCCUGCACUGUGGAUGCUCGUGGAGCCUGGGAGAGGAAAAACCAGCCACUUGCGCCUAAGGGUGCUCGUUCAGCCUGACUAUUUGGUGGAAGGAAUCCUGCCACAACACAACUGAGGUCUCCACCUGCGUCUGGGUGUGAUGAAGCCUUGAGAAACAAUUACCCUCUGUCCCUCUUUGGCCUGGCGCCUCCACCUAGCGGCACUGACUCGGCCGGGAAGCUCAUGGUGGUCACUACAGCCACCACAGAGGUGCACUGACACCCUCAGCACUCACCUCUCCUCCCCUGUCCUUUCCCCCUGUUCUGCCAUCCUCCUCGCUCAAGUCUGCCAGACACCGACAACCGAUAACUAUGAGCUCUCACAGUCGACAAGGUGGCUUGACCAGCAAGGAGCAGCCUCUGGAGCUUCUUAAACCGGCUACACUCAACCAUUUCGUUGACGUGAGCACGGCAGCGCUGCCCACACAGGUGCCCCCCACCACCACAGCCAUCCUCCCCAUGGACCUGCGCGUAGUCGACCACCCCCACCACCACCACCACCACCAGCAGCAGACCCCCUUCACCCUGCUUCCCCAACCCCACCCUACACCGCCCACCUCCACGGCUUGUCCCACGUCUACCGAGCCGAGCCAUGGGCCGAUCAUUAGCCACCAGGAGCAGCAGCUUCAGCAGGAGCUGGUGUCGCUCAAACACAAGCAGCAGCUCCAGAGACAGCUACUGAUCGCAGAGUUCCAGAGGCAGCAUGAACAGCUGUCGCGACAACAUGAAGCCCAGCUGCAUGAACAUAUCAAGCACCAACAGGAUUUGCUGGCGUUGAAGCACCAACAAGAGCUGUUGGAGCAUCAGAGGAAGAUGGAGCAGCAGCGUCAUGAGCAGGAGCUGGAGAAGCAGCAGCGGGAACACAAACUGCAGCAGCUCAAAAACAAGGAGAGGGGACAAGAGAGUGCAAUUGCCAGUACAGAGGUAAAGAUGCGACUUCAGGAGUUUGUCCUGAACAAGAAGAAAGCCCUGGCUCAGCGAAACUUAAACCACUGUCUGCCCAGCGACCCACGCUACUGGUAUGGAAAAACACAGCACAGCUCCUUGGACCAGAGCUCUCCUCCCCAAACAGCGAUGUCAGCGUACCACCACCCGAUGCUGGGCACAUAUGAUUCAAAAGACGACUUCCCUCUCCGCAAAACAGCCUCCGAGCCCAACCUGAAGCUUCGUUCCAGGCUAAAGCAGAAGGUGACAGAGCGCCGCAGCAGCCCUCUCCUCCGCAGGAAAGACGGUCCCAUCACUACUGCCAAGAAGCGUUCCCUUGACGUUGCAGAGUCUGCAUGCAACAGUGCACCAGGCUCAGGUCCCAGCUCCCCCAACAACAGCUCCAGUAACAUCCCCAAUGAGAACGGGGUCACAAUCUCCAGCAGCCCAGGAGAGGCCUCCCUGCUUCAGCGGUUGGCUGCAAGGGAAGGUUCAGUUAGCCAGCUCUCUCUCUACACCUCCCCCUCUCUGCCCAACAUCACCCUGGGACUGCCAGCCACAGGCCCUGGUAGCACUGUGUUAUCAGGACACCAAGAUAGUGAGAGUCGUCUGGCAUUGUCUGCAUUACAGCAGGGCAUUCCUCUGACCCCUCCUUUCCUGCCCACUGCCCACCUGCCCUCCUACUUGGCAUCUUCAGCUCUGGACAGGGAGGCUGCUGGAGGGGGCACGGCUGGUCACAGCUCCCUUCUCCAACACAUGGUGCUGCUGGAGCAGAGCCACAGUCCAAUAGUUGGUCUGGCUGGCCUACCACUACAAUCACCUUCUGUCUCCAAGCUCGCGCGGAGCCACCGUCCCCUGGGGAGAACCCAGUCGGCCCCUCUGCCCCAGCAGCAGUGCGGGCAGGCACAGGCCCUGCAGCAGCUGGUGGUCCAGCAGCAGCACCAGCAGUUCCUGGAGAAACACAAACAGCAGUUCCAACAGCAGCAGCAGCAGCACAUCAUCAACAAGAUCAUGUCUAAGCCCAGCGAUCAGGUCUCGACCGCGAGCUCCAGCGCUUCGGGGCCGGGCAGGCAGCAUCAGAGUCACCCAGAGGAGACGGAGGAGGAACUCAGGGAGCACCAGGGCCUCUCGUCCUCCUCCUCGUCCUCCUCCUCUACCUCUGUGCCGGAGGCAGGGCCCGUACGGGGGUUGGUCAUCAAGCAGGAGCCCCCAGACCCACAGGAGCAGGAGGAGAGGGAGCAGAGGGAGAGACAGGCUGAGCAGGAGUUGAUGUUUCGACAGCAGGCUCUGCUGUUAGAGCAGCAGCGGAUCCACCAGUUGAGGAACUACAGAGCCUCAAUGGAAGCAGCCGGGUUGUCGGUCAGCUUUGCCGGACAUCGCCCCCUCUCCAGGGCUCAGUCAUCUCCAGCCUCAGCUUCCUUCCCAAUAGUGGUGCAGGAGCCGCCCGCCAAGCCUCGUUUUACCACAGGUCUGGUUUAUGACUCUUUGAUGCAGAAGCACCAGUGUAUGUGCGGUAACACAACCAGCCAUCCAGAGCAUGCUGGUCGCAUCCAGAGUAUCUGGUCCCGACUACAGGAAACAGGUCUAAGGGCACACUGCGAGUGUAUCCGUGGUAGGAAAGCCUCGUUGGAAGAGUUACAAACAGUCCACUCUGAAGCCCACGUUCUCCUGUACGGAACCAACCCACUGCGGCAGAAGCUUGACUGUUCAGUGAGCCCCAUGUUCGUCAGGUUACCAUGUGGAGGCGUAGGGGUGGACAGCGACACCAUUUGGAAUGAGGUUCAUUCAUCCAGUGCAGCUCGUCUGGCCGUGGGCUCGGUGGUGGAGCUGGUCUUCAAAGUAGCAUCAGGAGAACUGAAGAAUGGUUUUGCUGUAGUGCGACCACCUGGACACCACGCCGAAGAGAGCACACCUAUGGGAUUCUGUUACUUCAACUCAGUCGCCAUAGCAGCCAAGCUCCUGCAGCAGAGGCUCAAUGUCAGCAAGAUCCUCAUCGUGGACUGGGAUGUUCAUCAUGGUAAUGGCACCCAGCAGGCCUUCUACGGUGACCCCAGCGUUCUCUAUCUGUCACUGCAUCGCUACGACGACGGGAACUUCUUCCCUGGCAGUGGAGCACCUGACGAGGUUGGCACCGGAGCAGGUGUGGGCUUCAACGUGAACAUGGCAUUUACUGGUGGACUGGAACCUCCAAUGGGUGAUGCAGAGUACCUUGCUGCAUUCAGGACUGUGGUAAUGCCUAUCGCCAAUGAGUUCGCCCCAGACGUGGUUCUGGUGUCUUCAGGCUUUGAUGCAGUAGACGGACAUGCUCCACCUCUGGGAGGAUACAAACUGACUGCCAAAUGCUUUGGCUACCUGACCAGGCAGCUGAUGGGUCUGGCAGGCGGUCGGUUGGUGCUCGCCCUGGAGGGGGGUCAUGACCUCACUGCCAUAUGUGAUGCCUCCGAAGCCUGCGUCUCAGCUCUGCUUGGCAACGAGUUGGACCCCAUUCCUGAUGAGGUGCUGCAGCAGAGACCAAAUGCCAAUGCUGUCCGCUCAAUGGAGAAAGUCCUGGAAAUUCAGAGUAAAUACUGGCAUUCACUGCAGCGCUCUGCCUCUACACUUGGUUGUUCUUUGAGUGAAGUCCUUAGACGUGACGCGGAGGAAGCUGAAACUGUCUCUGCUAUGGCCUCGUUGUCUGUUGCCAACAAGCACAUUGGAAAGAGGGCUGAAGAGGAACCAAUGGAAGAGGAAGCUCCUAUGUAAAGAAACAUCCGUAGCCUUUGACCACUCAGACCAGUCUUCAUCUUUGACAGUGUCCUCAUCCAGCCAAAUCUCUGUUUCUGUUUCAAUGCCGCUCCCAUGUCUCCCCUCAUGUCAUAUCAAGAUACCGUCUUAUCAUGGGGGGAACAAGUAGAGCUGAUAAAUGUGGUGCAGAGAGGAAAACACUGAAGAUGACCGAUGCAUUCACUGAUCAGCGGUGCACAGACUGAUCAGCAUAAAUGUGUUGCAUUAUCUCUUCAGUACCUUGGAUAUAAGAGCAUAGACUCAACCAUCCCACAGUUAGAACCUCGAGUGCCAGUGCUUUUAAAACACUAGACAGAUGUACUUUUUGAAUGCCAGUCAGAACCAUACACAGAAAAUCUGCAGUUGUCUACUUUUCAUAUUAUUCUGUUUUUUCUGUGCUUUAUCGCCGUCUUUUCGUUGAAAACCACCAGAGCUAAUGUGACUGUGACUCUGCACUAAGGAUGGAUAAUUCCUGCUCUUUCAAGAUAUCUGGAUGGAUGGAGAAAAAAAGUGGUCAAAUUUGUUGCCAUUUUCCACGGUGGUUGAAGAUUACAGAUAAAAACAUUUCUGCAGGUGUUCUGAUUUCGAAAAUGAUUGACAGUAAAAGACUGUGCGUUCGUGCCUUUUUUUUUUUUUCAAACCUGGUGGAUUUCCUGUUGAACUCUACUGAAAGAGCUUUGCCUUAAAAAAACAGGCUUGAGAACAAGGCCUCUUCUCCCCAAACCCUCAACAUUUGUAUCCUGGCAAGACAUCCAAUGCCUGCAUGUUGUUGGCACAUAGACUGGAGGACCUUGGCAUGUUUACCUGUAAUUCCCUGCAACCAGCCUACUACUGUCCCUCCCUAUACCUCCAUCUUUCCUUUUUCCCCCCCUCAUUUUAAUCUCAGUUUAGAAGGUAGUUUCCAGCCACAAGUUGGAGUUGGUUCAGUUUAAAAGGAAGUUUAAGUGGGGAUUAGUAUUACUAAAUGCAUCCAUGUAUCAGAUACUGUAACAGUUCUCUUUAAUGGAAGAGUUAAGUAGCAUGCACUGUACUAGAGCAACAGGACCUCUGAAAACUAGAAUGCUGUUCAUACUUUGUGUGGUAUUUAGACAAUAAUCAAGCCGAAGCAUGAUGGACUAUCAUCUCUGUAAAGUCGAAUAAUCACAAGCGUAUAAGAAAGGCUUUCCAGUGAUCAUUUUUGCAGUUGCAAAUUAAUGUAGGAUAGAGAGAAGCCAAUUUCAUAUGUAGUAAUUUGAUGAAGAAGCGCCCUCUUUUUAGGGCAACUCUGUCUCCACAAUAACAAGGACUGUACCACCUGUGGGAUUUUCCAGAGGGGUGUUGCAGGGCCGCACAGGCUCUCACAGCUGGUUUAACAUCUGCUCCCCAAAUGUCAGGUGCUACAGCAUGUGGCAGGUGUGAGCACAUCUCUGUUUAUAUACAGUUGUAUGAAGUGCAUUCACACAUUUUUCUCUAGUUUCUGUGUUUAAAUCCUCCUUUUUUUUUUUUGUUCUCGACCAGUGACUUUGCAACUUUGAACAACACAUGUAGCUCAGAUUCUGCUCCGAGUUUUUGAUUUCUACCGCAGGAUUGAGAUUCAAAAGCGUAUUAUUACAUUUGAAUACUGUAUCAAAUUUGCAACGAUCCAGACUGUGCAACACACCAGCCACCAGCCGAGUUGUAGUAAAAUUUGAUUGUCCAUUUUGGCAGGUAUAACAUCAUAAUUACGAGGUCCUUUUUCCUUUUUAAAGUCUACAUGUGAUAAAACGGUCAUAUUGGCUGGUGAGUUCUGUAUCAGCCAUUGUAGCCAGUGUGCUAAAAGUUAUCCUCCCAUCUGUAACCAUCCCUCCAACUUGUGUUUGGCCUCUGGGCAGCUACCUUCUUUCCUCUUUGUGUCAUCUACAAACUAAUCACAUGUUUAAUGUAUUUUUUUUUCAGUGAACAGGAAACAGAGUGCUGUGGUGUUUACUGUUGUUUACUGUACAUAGGACAUUGAUCUCCUGAGUAUUCCUGCCACACGCAUUUGUCGAUGACUACUCUACUUCUGUUGAUUUCUUUUUCUUAUUUUUUUCUGCUUCUGUUGCCCUUUAAGUGGACUGUCUCUUUGAGUUCUUUGUACUUUUUUUUUUUUUUUUAAUGUUUUGUCCUGUUGUUUUGUACACUUUGUUCACUUCCCCCUCUCUGUUACACAUUGUAAAGCUGACAUACUUCACUACAGGUGAGGGUUCAGACUAACUGUUUUUAGUGGACGUUACAUGACUUUGUUUUCUGGGUUCAGGGUUUUUGUGGGAGGGUAGGGAUGCAAAAUGUUUCUACUUUGUAUAAUUAUGGACAAUUGUGUAUUUACUGUCUGUUCAUAGUAGAUUUAUAUAUGAAAAGAAAUGAGUAUAUUAUAUAUAUAUACAGUAUCUAUACAUAAUGAAAUACUAUGAUCUUGUUUUUGAAGUUGGUAUUGAAAAAUGAUACUUUACAUUGGUCUUACGUACAGUAGGCCCUUCUAGAGUGUUACUGAAGGCACCAUUUACUGUCCUCGGUUACAGUCGGUUGUGUGUUAAGUAGCAUUUCAUUGGUCGUCUUAUUGUCUUUCAACACUGAUGACUAGUUUCGGCUUUAUUCAUUCCAUUGGUACCAAGUCACUAUUAAGUGUGCCAUUGCCCUCCGCUCAGCCUCACAUAUUCAUGCACAUAUUUUGUACUGUUGUUUUUUUAUGCCUUUAGAUUUUAUUGUAGAAAAACACACAUUUUUGCUGGCACCUAUAAAGUUUUAGUAUUUUAAGAAAUGUGAGACAAUAUUUUGAAAAUAACCCAAGUGGUGACCCAUUUCUUCCAUUUUCUUAAAAGUCCAUCCUCUAACAUCUUUGAAAAAAACAACAACGUGGAUUUUAAUUGGAAUAUGGCUAUGCUAUCCCCCCACAUUAAAUCACUCUGAUGGGCCUUAUUAUUGCACACGAUCAUCGCUUAUUUUGUUAUCUGGCCAAAUGUCCUUAGUUUUAAUUUAAAAUUAACAGCUAAUACAUAAUCUCUUUCUUUGGCAAACUCUAGGUUUCAGGGUGGCCUGGUGUUUAAAACUUCUCUGUAUCCAAAGAUCACAGGUGUUUGAUCCCUGCAGCAGCCCACAUGUGUUUCCUUCUUCGCAGGACACUUAAACUCUAUCCUCUGUAGAAGUUCCAUUCCUGGCUUCUCCUGUACUAAGAUCAAUUAUUUUAACAUUAUCUAUGCCAUAAAGGAACACGUAAAAGAUGCUAAAUACAUCCUUAUACACAUGCAAGCAGGAGCUAUUCUCAUCUGACCUCCGAU